AUGGCCAAUCCCGACGCUGCCGCACGAGAGGCACUGACCAUCGUAGGUGUCCUCGGAGCGAUCAUUGCAUUUUCUUUAUUUACCUGGGCAUAUAAGCGGAAUAAGAAAUCGGCCAAGGAAAAAGACAAGGAUAGAGACGAUGGGAAGAAAGAUCGAAAGAGGUCUAGAGAUGAUGAUGUAAAGAAAGAUCAAGAUAGGGAGAGAAGAGAUAGGGAGAAAGACAGAGACGACAAAAAGAGAAAGAGGGAUGAAGAAAAACGUAGGAAACAAGAUGAGCGAGAAUCGAAUAAACCGCCUGAGACCCCUGCUUCAACCAAAUUCGACCCUUCCAAACAAUCCGAUUCGGAUUCCGAUGAUGAUGGCAAUGGACCAGGAGGAGGAGGGUCCGGAUCUGGUGGACCGGGAGGUGGUACAGCCGUCACUCCCAAUUAUCUAAAUAGCAGUUUCAAAGUGACACCCGACUUCACACUCAACGUAAGAUCUAGCUCGGAUGAUCAACCUUAUACUGUGAGGUAUCAUGGUGAUUCCACACCUACACCCAACACAGGCGGCGGAAGGGGUGGUGGGGGUGGAUGGUAUCCUGGAGAUGGAGGAGGUGGUACACCAUUAGGAGGAAUGAUGGCAUUUCCUCAAACAGCUUCUAUACCAAUUGAACAAUCUACCGCAGGACCCAAACCACCUUUUUCACCAUUUGUUUUGGGAACUUCUAGAACUCCUUAUGGAUUUAUGAACCAAUUGGAGAAUCAACCUAUUCUUCGUCAACCUAAAACUCCAAUUGCAAUCCCAAAUUAUAAACCAUAUGUCGAUAUCCCCCUACCCUCUUUGGUAUCUUCUUCUUCACCACUUUCAUCUUCUCUUGAGUCAGAGGUGAUUUCACCACUUACACCUGUAGAGAUCAGGACGGCAUUCAUGCCUUCUGAAAUGGAGAUUGAUCCCUUUACUUACUCUUCGGCUAAACCUGCAAAAUCACAUUUCUCAGCUAAAGAUCUACAUCAUGAUAUAGAUGAUUUACAAGAUAUCCUCCAAGGUCGAGAAAGAGAAAGAGAAGGGGUGGAUCUGAGACCUAGGAGAUUGAGUGAGCUACUUGGUGUUCCUGGGUUAGGAGAGAGUCUCGGUCCGGGUGGGGAUGAUAGGUAUAAUCCUACGAUGUUUGGGGAUCUGGCGAGGAAUAGUAGUGGUGAGGGAAUGGUAAGUCCUGACAGAGCUGGUAAGAAUAUGAGGGGGAUGAGUCCUAUCGAUUUAAAUCCCAUAUACAUUGCUGAGGAUGGCGAGAAGGUCAAAACUUUAUCCCCACUUAAAGCUGAUUCACCUGAGAAGAUCAAAGAAAAAGCUAAACGACGAGAGAAAGAGAGGAAUGGUAAAACAUGGGACGAAGUGAAAGGACGAUAUGUUUCACCUCGAACUGUCGACUUGCCUACUCCUUUAGCUGAGGAGGCCAAAAAGGCUAAACGGAGACAACAAGAGAUCGACAAUGCUCUUGAUGAUCAUGAGAGGGCCAAAACUAAAACCAAGAAAGAGAAAGAGAAGAUACCUAUCUCACCUGAAAGAGUUAGGAAUAGAGAAAGAGAUAGAGUAAAGAAGAUGAAAAAGCAAAGAGUUAAAGUGAUCGAUAGGAAUACUGGUAAAAUCAGGAAUGAAGAGAUUUUAGUGACUGAUUUAUCAUCUUCUGAAACUGAAAAAGUAUCUUCACCUAGAAAGAGACGAGCUAAGGUGUCUAUAAGGGGUAGUGCGAGUGAAGGUGAAGAGCUGUACGAGAAGGAGAAAGCCAGAAAGAAGAAGAGAGAAAAGUUAAGGAGGAAGUUGAAAGGUGAAGAGAUUGAAGAUGAGUAUAUAACUGUUGAUGAGGAUGGUAGGCGAAUAAAGAAAAAGAAGAAGAAGAGAGCCUUGGUCAGUUCGGAUGAAGAAGAUGAGAGAGUAAGAUCAAAGAAGAAAGAAAGGAAAGAAGGAUAUUAUUCUGAUGAAGAGGAUGUACGUGUCAGUAGACGUAAAGCCAAGGCGAAAAGGGACAAAGUCAGAAAUGGGCGUGGUGGUGUCGAGUUGGAUGAUGAAGAUGAGGAUGAGAUGCUCUAUGAGAGAUAUACUGAUAAGACUGGUAGACCAAGAUUGAGGAAGAUCCCACAUGAUGAUCCGUAUCAGGAAUUCUAUCGAAAGAGAUCCAAAGCUAAAGCUGGCAAUGCAGCUGGAGGAGGGAUCGAUGAUUAUGAUGAAGAUUAUGAAUUGGAUAGGAUCCAACAAGGUGGACAAGGUAGACCCAGACGACAAGUGCGACAACCUAUUUACCAAGAUGGGGAUAUCAUUCCUCUGCAGAAUGUUGGAAGAGAUUACCAACAAUCCCAAUCGCAAGUACAACCAGCUAUUCCUGCCGAUCCGAUUAUGGCUCAGAGAAUCAGAGUUGACCAAUCGGGUUUGGAAGAUGAGAUUGCUAGAGAGAAUCCAUCAUUAGGCAGAGCACAAAGGGAAGAAUUGGCUAGAUUGAGAUUACAGAAGAUGGAUGCCGAACAUGAGAAAGAUAAUUCUUUUACUAGAGGUAGAAAGCUUGGUCAAGAUGGAUCGAGAGUGGAUGAAGAAGAGGACGAAGAUGCAUUGGGUAAGACCAAUAGAGAUGGGCGAUUUAACGAUGUUGGCAACCCUCAUGAAGAAGUGACUAGACCUGGGCUACAGACCAAAGCACAACAUCUUCAAGAUGAGCUCGAAGAGAGAAAAGUUGAGGGACCGGGUCGAAGGAGAGUUGUCACAUCCUCAGAAAAUGCUGGAGAAGGGAUAGUCACUGAAGAGCGGCUUAAGCAGAACGAGGAGAUCGUUCUUGGUCAUAGUGAAAGAGUUGGGAAAGCUGAAGGUGUUGAGACUGUGAAAGCUGAAAGUCCUCGACUACAAGUACCCGUUAAGCCACAAGGUCCAAACGAGCGGAAUCGUAAACAAUUCGAGAGACGAGAAAGAAGACGAGUUGGCCUGAAUGAUGAAUCGGCGGAUGAACGGGAAAUAGAGGUCGAUGAGACUAGCGGAACGGCUCAUGAAAAUGAUAGAUCUCGUCAGGAGGUGUUUGAGCUACCCGCAGAGCCUAUUAGGGCGAGGAAUCCCCUAACGACAGAGAAUGUAUUUGAUGCUCGCGAGGAGUCGAGACCUGGUGGAUCAGACCAUCACUCUCGAAUAGACGAGACUGUCCUAGAAAAUGAUCGCCUACUUCAUGGGUCGGAACAUGCAAGGAGAAGAAGCAUCAGGGAAAAUGACAAUGACUCUCGAUCUGAACACGAUGGAAAAUCCCAAGUCAAUGUUGAAAGGGAAAGAUCCCCCACUAUAAGACACGGUAUACGAGUAAGACAACAAGAUGAACUGGCGAGCUCUCCACCUGCUCAUGCUAGAAGGACCGAGAUCGAGGUCGAGGAGGUCGAGGAGGAUAUGCAACAUAGAGAGAAGCGGCGACCUAAGCCAUUGGCCUUGGAAGCUCCUAAAGCUACCAGGAAUGCUGCUAGGGCAGACCACUCAGAAGAGGUACAGACUCAAUACAGAAGGAAAGAAAGUCCGGAUGGAUCCCAGCCUUCUCCAGUCAGAGGAUCGAGUACCCAAGAUGGUGAGAAAGCCAAACGAAGAGCGGAGGUUUUGGCUCGUGCCAAGCUAGAGCACAGAUAUGAAACUUGGGAACAGAUCAUCUCCAGGGAGGUUAACUCUCACAAAUCUGUAGAUCCGGCAGAUAGAGUACAUGUACGUGAGAAGUCAAUGAGGAGAUGGAUGAAGGGAAAAGAUCGAAUGAUAUCUGAUAAUCCCAGACGAUCCGAAGAGGAUCCGUUAAUUGAUGUGGUGCAAGGUGUAGUAAAGAAGUAUGAAAGUAAGAUGCAAAGAGAUUCUCAAUCUGAGUCUGUCCCUCAAGAUCAUCAAGUUCGGGGGAAGACUUCUCGGAACCAGUUAAUGGAAGCUGGAGAACCUCUACAUCGUCGACAACAAGCAAGGAAAGAAAAUUCACCUGUCAAGCAGCAGGUUUCCUCUCAACAUGAUGCUAGAGAAGAAAAGCGAAGAAGACGAGAGAGAAGUAUGGAUGACGUUGACACUACACGAGAGAUCCUCGAUUUGACAGAUCUUACUGAUGAGCAAGUACACGAAUACGAAAGAACGGGCAAAUUACCUUCUCGCCACAUGCCUCGAGAAAUCCAUGACGACACAGAAAGAGCAGAAACCAAAACUGUAAAACCCGCUCUACGCUACAAAGCUCAUCGGGACGAUGAUAACGAAGAUGAAGAUCAGCCGAGGAUGCAGUUAGCUUCUACAGGACCUGGACCGAUCCCUGAUGAAGAUGCUGAUAUAGGUGCUCCAGAUGGGGUGCGCACAGCUCAAAAGAUGAGCAAGAAAAAAGCUCCUUUAGUCCUUUUUGACAAAUCUGAAUAUCUCACUGAAAGAAUGGAAGACAACCUUCGGCCAACCAAUGAUUACAAACAGGAUUUCAGCCUAUACGAAGAUGACCCCUAUGAAGAUGCGCCUGUCAAAGCGGAAACGAGACCCAUCGUACAGCCUGAAAAAGAAAGGAUUGGACCAAUCAUCAAGGAUAUUGUUGUGGACGAAAAACGACGGAACGAAAGACGAGAUUCUGGAUAUGUUUCUGAUGAAGGUAAAGAGGCUGAACUUGAACUUUCUGAAAGACCUAUUCCCAAUAAGUUAUCGAUCGGUAAUAAAGAUACGAAUGACAAAGAUUUAUUCGAACAUACAGAAGAUGUCAAACCUGUAAAAUACAGAUUUGAAGAGAGGCUUGGAAAAGAUGAAAAAGCCCAUGUACCUGGUGAAACCGGGUAUGAAACGAACAGAUGGCCUUUGGAAGGUAGAGAUCCAAUUGAAGAGUUCCAUGAGACAUUGAUGAAAGAAAAUCAACAUCCUUUACAAGUCCAUCAUGCUUUUAUUCCUGAUCACGAACCAAGAGGUGAUGGUAGGACCGAAGAAGUCUUCUCUGACGAUGAACCGAAUGUGACUAAACCGCUGAAUAUCCCACCAAAGCGGAAGGGAACUAAACCUACUAAAUCUGUGUUGAGAACUGAUGAUAUGCGGGAGGACCAAAAAGAGUUUCAAGAUGAGAUGAAAAUGGAGAAUACGAGAUCUGAUAUGAGAAUGAUGGGUCAUCGUGGACGAAUGGAUGUUAAAGAAGCGAAGAAGAGAGAAAAGGCUGAAAGGCGGAAACGUGUCCCAGACGAUUUCUACCAGUCUGAUGCAGACGAUGAUGAAGAGUCACCUGUUAGAGGUGAUCGCAAAGCCAAAUCUGAUCAAGGCAGAAGUCCACCUGCCAUAAGCCCUCUUUCGCCCAAUUCUCGAUGGAUCGUAGGGGAAAGAGCCAAGAUAAGGGAAGAAAGAGCGAAGCAGAAUAGACAGGUAAUUGAUGAUUAUGAUGUAUCUGAAGAAGAGGAAAAUUUCACCUUGAAGUCAAAGAGGAGAGAUGAGUUUCGUAGAGCAGGAAGAAGUGAGAAAGAAGAAGCAAGAGGUGAGAGGGAGACCAAUGAAGGAAGGAGGACGGAGUACGGUCAGGCUUCAAGAGGGGGGAGAGGCGCUUCGAACGUUACCGAAGACGAUGACACCGAGGAAAUACCUGAAGGGGACAGAUCAAGGCGAGAGGCUAGGAGAAACCGAAAAGAUAGAAAGGAUCCAGACCAAGUUGAAUCCUCUUCCAACGAUCGAAAGGCGCGACAGACACGACUGUCAGAUCAGGAAGAUGUAAAUGAGACGCUCGUGAACGAUGAUAGGGAGAGAAGCCGCAGAAGGAGGCAAGCAGAUGAUACAAGACCAGAUCGAAGCUACAAUGAUCAAGCUUCCACGAAACGGAAACCUCGGAAGAUUGACAACGAAAAUGCCAAACCUGACUCUGACAUGCAGAACACUAAGCCGGAUCAAUUAGACUUGAAAGAUAACGGGUCUAUCCAAGAUGACGAUACUGACUGGGAUGAAGAGGACCAAAGCAACGUCAGGACCCAAAGACCAGAGGUGGAAGGUUCAGACCAAGGACCAGAAGAACCCAAUAGGAAUUUCCGCCACAAUGGUAGAAAGACCGGUGCACAAGCAGAUUCUGAUGAUUUAGACGAGGAAGACGGUACCAGAAAUCAAGAUACCAAGACCUGUCAAACUAAUGAAGAGACUCGGGAAGCCAAUAGGGAGCAGGAGCAAGAUAAAGCAAGAGCUGAAGAAAGUCGUCGAAAGGAAGAUGAUCAAAUGGCUAAGAGACAACAAGAAUCAAUUGAGAAGCGACAGAAUAGAUCGAAAUCGUCUACUCACAGAGAUGACGUUGACAACGAUGAUGCUCAUAUGAGAGAUUACAAUACUUCCCGCAUAUCUUGGAGUCCCAAAACCCAUUUCCGAUCUGGGUGGGUUAUCCUCAGAAAUGCACCUAUCUGGUCCUCGUUUUCCGCCAUUGGAUUCAUUCUAUACGUCGAAAUUACCAGACAACUAUUUUCCCUAUUGGCAAUUUCAUCCGGAUCACUUACAGCUGCCACUUCCGCUCCAUCCAGUGGAUUGACUAAACGAGCCGGUUCAGUCGACUAUCUAGGAUUGGAUCUUCAAUUGACACAAACCUGGUUUUCCAACCUCUUCUCCACCAACGGAGUGGAAUCUACCUCGUUCUUCGUUUUCAUCAGUUUAUGGAAUAUCCUUUGUAUACCCCUCCUGGCUUAUCUGAUUUACUCAACACUUGAAAAAGCUUCUAACCCCCAUGAUAAGGAAAGUACAAAAUCAUGGUUAUGGCGAAAACUCAAGGAUACCAUCGGAUCUUCCGUACAAGUCAUCCUUAUGGAAAGACGAUUACGCGGAUUUAGGUCGUUCAUCAAGCGAUCCAGUCUAUGGACAAUGAUUAGAUCAACUAUAUUCAUCUGUCAAUUGAUUGGUACGAUUCUAGUUUUCAGACAAACUAUGAGUCUCGCCUACCUGUCUGCCACUGGAUCAACAUCAACUACAUUCUCAAAAUCAGCAGAUGUAGUUUCCACUAUCACCUCAUUAAGUGAAGUUGCAAGCGGACUGACUAACGGUCAAGUAUUCGGUAUAACCAAUUUCAUCUUUUUGUUACUACUCCUCAACAUAUCUAUCUCAUGGUAUACCUUGCUUCAUUCGAAGAAGACAGCAGCUCAAGGUUCGAGAUCGAUCCUCAAGUGGAUAUCGAUCUGUAUGAUUACCACGACAUUUAUCGUUUGUUUAUUGUAUUUCCAGGAAAUCGCAAAUUACCUAAUUCAAUCCCAAAAUUCCACCAAUAUGGAGGGCUCGAGUGGGAUGAUCGUACUGAUUUCAGCAAACUUCAUGUUUAUGGGUUUGUUGCCUGCUAUGGGAUAUGUGGUUUAUGAAUUGGGUAAAAUGUGGGAUAGGAAGUUCCCUAAUGGAUUUUUCAAUGGGAGGAGAGGUAGAGGUGGGUCGGGUGGAGGGAAUAAUUCGUUUUGUUGGAUAGGUUGA